AUCUCAAUUAAUCACUUUCUCUUACAUUCACAGCUCUAAAACGAUCACAGAAGAAACCUAAACGAAAAGCUCUAUAAGAUAUGGGAGUCUUGAAGAGAAGAGUUUCGAGUAGCAGAGGUCUUGGAGGUGUUCUUAGAGAGCAAAGAGCUAAGCUUUAUAUCAUCAAACGAUGUGUUGUGAUGCUCCUAUGUUGGCAAGAUUGAUGAUCUUGGUUUGAUUCUAAGUGGUGAUACUCUGAAGCUUAACCAGAUCAAACCUAUGAUCGCAAGAAGAUAUGAAGGAAGAAACCGGUUUGGGUUUUGCUAGUCAAUCUUAGGGGGACGAAAGUGAACACUUUCGAUAUACGAUUAUAUUUUUAGUUUUUUUGGGAAGGUAUAUUUGUAAAUAUACGAAUAAAAAUUUGGGACAAAUUUUGUAAUGGCUUUUGCCUUAUGGCUCCCUGUGUAAAUUAAACUUUAUAUAUAUCUCACACAUAAUCUAACCAAGAUUAGUUCUUGUUUA